AUGGGAACAAUGUUUAGAGCAGCAAUUAUCAUUCUGUUUCUUUCAUCCGUCCUUCUUCAGCUGGUGUUUUCUAAAUCCAACGAUGGAUUCGUUAGAAUUCGACUAAAAAAGUUUAAGUUAGAUGAAAACAACAGGAUAUCUGCUCGACUUACCACGCAACUACUGGAUUCUCAAAAUGCUGGCGGCAUUGUAAAGCUAAAGAAUUACAUGAACGCGCAGUACUAUGGUGAGAUUUCAAUCGGUACACCACCACAAAAAUUCACUGUGGUUUUUGAUACAGGAAGCUCUAAUCUGUGGAUACCUUCUUCAAAGUGCUACUUUUCCUGGGCAUGUUAUUAUCAUUCCAAAUACAAUGCCGGUCGAUCAAGAACAUAUAAAGUGAAGGGAACAUAUGCUGAGAUACACUAUGGUUCAGGUUCAAUAGUUGGAAAGUUUAGCCAAGACAAUGUUUUAGUUGGUGGUUUAACAAUCAAGAAUCAGGACUUCCUUGAAGUAACAAAACUGUCCGGGAAUGUGUUUGUGUUUACCAAGUUUGAUGGAAUUCUUGGCCUUGGAUUUAAGGAGAUAUCAGCUGGAAGUGUUGCUCCAUUAUGGUACAACAUGAUGAACCAGGGUCUGGUUCAGAAUCCAGUGUUCUCAUUUUGGCUAAAUAGAAACACAAAAGAAGAGGAAGGAGGUGAACUUGUGUUUGGGGAGAUUGAUCCAAGGCAUUACAAGGGGAAUCAUACUUAUGUCCCUGUGACCCAUAAGGGUUUUUGGCAGUUUGAUAUGGGUGACAUCUUCCUCAAGGGUCAACCAAUAGGUGUUUGCAGAUUUGGUUGUUCUGCAAUUGUGGAUUCUGGAACUUCUUUGUUGACGGGUCCACCUGCUGUGAUUACCAUGAUAAAUCAUGAAAUUGGAAUCACUAAAGUGGUUAACGAUAGAUGUAACUCAUUCGUUGAAGUGUAUGGACAAAUCAUUCUGAAGAAGCUCCUAAAAGUACAACCAGAGGAAAUUUGUUCCCUAAUUGGAGUAUGCCCAGUGGAUGAAACUAAGUGUAUCGAGAAAAGUAAUAAGUGUAACAAGGAAAUUAUUAAUAGAAGAAUCGAUAUAUGCAAUACUUGUGAAAUAAUAGUUGUUUGGAUGGAGAGUCUGCUUUGGAGGAAUCAAACAGAAGAUGUUAUUUUAAAUUAUGUUAAUAAGCUCUGUAAUUCGCUGCCAAGACCAGAUCAAGAUAAACAUUCAUAUGUGAAUUGUUCACUAAUUUCCUCGAUGCCUAUAGUUUCGUUUGUAAUUGGUGAAAGAAAUUUUACAAUCUCGCCUAAGGAGUAUAUAAUGAAGACGGGAGAAGGUGGAGGUCAUGAUUGCAUAAGUGGUUUUGUUUCUAGAGAAUCUCUCUGGGUUUUUGGGGACAUAUUCAUGGGUCGUUACCACACGGUAUUUGACUAUGGCGAAUCGAGAAUUGGAUUUGCAGAUGCAGCAUUAUAUUAA